AUGGCACCCCAACAGAGCCUCAACGUCUUCAAGCAGCCCCUCAAGCUCUUCUCCCAGCAGCCCAUGACCGGCUUCUACCGCGACGGCUACUGCCGCACCAGCCCGCAGGACCCGGGCAACCACGCCGUCGCCGGCAUCGUGACCGACGAGUUCCUGGACUUCUCGGCCUCGCGCGGCAACGACCUGCGCUCCGUCGGGCUCAAGGGCGGCUGCCGCUGGUGCCUCUGCACCGCGCGCUGGUUCGAGGCCGUCAAGGCCCACCAGGCUGGCAAGGUCAGCAAUAUGGGCGUGCCGCGCGUCGAUCUGGAGGCCACCGAGGAUAGUGCGUUGAGCAUGGUGAACAUGGAGACGUUCCGCAAGUUCGCUGCGCAGGGUGGUGGACAGCCUGGUGGGAGUGGUGGCUCGGGAUCUGGUGCUGCUUAG